CGCGGCGCCGGGCGGGGCGCGCGCUUGAGGACGUCUGGGGAGCGCGCGCGCCGCCGCCCCCGCAGCCACCGGGCCGGAGUUGCUGGUCGCGGGGGCUGCGGGUGACGAUCUGCCUGAAGGGCUCGAAGGCGCGUGUGCUCCUGUUUCUGUUGUCGCCGCCGAGGCCUCCGUCCGCUCCUGGUCAUGAGAGGAGACAGAGCCCUGAAGCAAAGAAAUCUGGAUCAGAGAAAAAGCAUUUAAGAGCCAUGCAAGGCAAUCGUAGCCAGCUGCACAGUCCCCCAGGACCCAGAGGCAGUGAGGAUGCCUCAGCCUCCCAGUGUGUCCAUACAAGAUUGACAGGAGAAGGUUCUUGUCUUCAUUCUGGAGAUGUUCAUGUCCAGAUAAACUCUACACCUAAAGAAUGUGCUGAAAAUCCAAGCUCCAGAAAUACAAGGUCAGGUGUCCAUAGCUGUACCCAUGGAUGUGUACAUAGUCGCUUACGGAGUCACUCCCAUAGUGAAGGAAGGCAGCCUGAUGAUACUACCACGGAGUCCGGAGAACAUGGUAGUAGCUCCUUCUCAGAAUUCCGCUAUCUCUUCAAGUGGUUCCAAAAAAGUCUUCCAUAUAUUUUGAUUCUGGGUGUCAAACUUGUUAUGCAGCAUAUAACAGGAAUUUCUCUUGGAAUUGGGCUGCUAACAACUUUUAUGUAUGCAAACAAAAGCAUUGUAAAUCAGGUUUUUCUAAGAGAAAGGUCCUCAAAGAUUCAGUGCGCUUGGUUACUGGUAUUCUUAUCAGGAUCUUCUGUUCUUUUAUAUUAUACCUUUCGUUCUCAGUCACUUUAUUACAGCUUAAUUUUUUUAAGUCCUACUUUGGACUAUUUGAACUUCUGGGAAGUACUUUGGAUUGUUGGAAUUACAGACUUCAUUCUGAAAUUCUUCUUCAUGGGCCUGAAAUGCCUUAUUUUAUUAGUGCCUUCUUUCAUCAUGCCUUUUAAAUCCAAGGGUUAUUGGUAUAUGCUUUUAGAAGAGUUAUGUCAGUAUUACCGAACUUUUGUUCCUAUACCAGUUUGGUUUCGUUACCUCAUAAGCUAUGGGGAGUUUGGUAAUGUAACUAGAUGGAGUCUUGGGAUAUUGCUGGCUCUACUCUACCUCAUACUAAAACUUUUGGACUUUUUUGGACAUCUGAGAACUUUCAGACAGGUUUUACGAGUAUUUUUUACACGACCAAGUUAUGGAGUAGCUGCCAGCAAGAGACAGUGUUCAGAUGUGGAUGAUAUUUGUUCAAUAUGUCAAGCUGAAUUUCAGAAGCCAAUACUUCUCAUCUGUCAGCAUAUAUUUUGUGACGAGUGCAUUACCUUAUGGUUUAACAGAGAGAAAACAUGUCCACUGUGCAGAACUGUAAUUUCAGACCGUAUAAACAAAUGGAAAGAUGGAGCCACUUCAUCACACCUUCAAAUAUAUUAAACUGUAUAAACUUUUAAGGCCACAAAACACUAAUUUCAUUUGGUUUCAGUGACUACUGAUAAAGGCAUUAGUGUGAACUUUCAGGGCUAGAUGAAAAAUGUUUCCAAAUGGUUUUGGUAUAUAGUUAAGACUUAGGUGUGUAGUCCAUUUCAUCAAAAGAUAAAAUGAGAGAACUCUUGUUUUCAAAUAUAUGUAAUGUUCAACCUAAUGUGUAUGCAACAUUUAUUCUAUCCUAAUUAUUUUAUAGAUAAUUGCAGUGUUAAAUUGUGUUUUCUUGUUGAUGUUACCAAAACAGCAAUUUGAAACUAGAACUCAUGGUUUUAGAGAACUCAGGUAUUCUUUCCUGACAUUGUUUUCAGAAUAAAGAAUAUUUUUCAUAAUAUUUUAAGAUACAUAGUAUCUGAAAGUAGAAUUUUAUUUAGCAUUUUUAUAAUUCCCAUUCUAAAAAUUCUUGAAAUUUUCAUAAUUUGUAUUUUUAAAUGAAAGUUCUAAAUGUUAUAUUUUACCUGUAACAAUCAGAUUUUCUAAGAUUUACUGAGGAUGAUAUAUUUUAAUAUUGUAUUAUUCUCUGUAGUAUAAUUAGUAAUCAUUGAGAAUAAAUGAUUUAAAUUCA